AUGGCCACCAAAUCCACCUCUGAAGUUAGCCAUGGCCAGCUACCCAAGACAUCGUCCACAUGCUUGACGGAGAGUGUCACUGCGGUGCAUGAUUUUGAGGUGGCCAAUUACCGGUUGCUGGAUGGCAUCGGCGUCGGCAAGCACGUUCGCUCAAGCUACUUCAGCGUGGCUGGCUUUGAGUGGUUUAUCAAUUUCUACCCGGAUGGGAGGAUGGCAGACUACGCUGACUACACAUCAGUCUUUCUUGACCGUGUCAUCCAACAGAAUGACACUUGUAAUGUCAGGACUAAGUUGACCUUAAACAUGCUAGAGAAAGAUGGCGAGGCACAAUUAACUAAAUGUGAUGAGAUAGAUCAUGUCUUUUCCUCAGCAAAGUCAUAUUGGGGCUACUUCAGAUUCGUUGCGAAAGCGAAACUGAAAUCAUUGUCGCAAGCCAACAAUGGUUUCUUCAUUAUACGCUGUGUUCUCACCGUGAUAAAAGAACCUCGCACCGAGGUUAAGAGGAACACUGUUGUCGUUCCGCAGCCAAAUCUGCAAGACCAGCUCUGCCAAAUGUGGAAGGAUGGACAAGGAGCAGAUGUGGCAUUCAGUGUGGGUGGCAAAUUGUUCAAAGCUCACAGAUGCUUGUUGGCUGCACGGUCUCUGGUUUUCAAGGCGGAGCUCUUGGGUCCGAUGAAGGAGAAGGAAACAUAUUGCAUCAAAAUUGAUGACAAGACCCUGAAAUCUUUGAGGCGCUUCUUCACUUCAUAUACACAGAUUCCCUGCUAG